AGGUAAAAAUAGCAGUCACACUUGUGGCGUGCCCAUUGUGUGCCACGUUGCAGCCUCCUGAGUCCUCAGCCACCCCGUGAGGCAGGGAUUGUCACCUGAGGACACUGGACAUGUGAACCAUCUCGCCCACAACCCCUAGCUAAUAGCUUGGCCCAGUCCUUAUGGGCCCUUUUCACCUCUUCCCUGGCCAUCUCCGUGGUGUUUGCCGUCAUCCCCCUCUGCCGCAACGUGAGGGUGCUGGCCUCUGUCAUGGCGCUGGCGGGCCUCGCCAUGGGCUGCAUCGACACGGUGGCCAACAUGCAGCUGGUGAGGAUCUACCAGAAGGACUCAGCCGUCUUCCUGCAGGUUCUCCAUUUCUUUGUGGGCUUUGGUGCCCUGCUGAGCCCCCUCAUCGCCGACCCCUUCCUGUCUGAGGCCAGCUGCCUGCCUGCAAACAGCACGGCCAACGCCACAUCCGGUGGCCACCUAUUUCAUACCUCCAGAAUCCUGGGCCAGCACCGCACGGAGGCUCGGCCUUGGUCCAACCAGACGCUCCCCGGGCUGCCCUCACAGGAUGGGACGGGGACCCACGUGUCCUACGCCUUCUGGAUCAUGGCCCUGAUCAAUCUCCCAGUGCCCUUGGCUGUGCUGUUUCUGCUGUCCAAGGAGAGGCUGCUGACCUGCUGCUCUCAAAGGAGUCCCCUGCUCCUGUCUGCGGAUGAGCUCGCCCUGGAGACCCAGCCUCCUGAGAAGGAAGAUGCCUCCUCACUGCCCCCAAAGUUUCAGCCACACCCAGGACACGAGGACCUGUUCAGCUGCUGUCAGAGGAAGAACUUCAAAGGAGCCCCAUACUCCUUCUUUGCCAUCCACAUCACAGCUGCCCUGGUCCUGUUCAUGACCGAUGGCAUGACGGGGGCUUACUCGGCCUUUGUGUACAGCUACGCGGUGGAGAAACCGUUGUCUGUGGGGCACAAGGUGGCCGGGUACCUCCCCAGCCUCUUCUGGGGCUUCAUCACCCUGGGUCGGCUCAUUUCCAUCCCCAUCUCCUCAAAAAUGAAGCCAGCCACCAUGGUUUUCAUCAAUGUGGUCGGCGUGCUGGUGACGUUCUUGGUGCUCCUUGUCUUCUCCUACAACGUGAUCUUCCUGUUUGUGGGGACAGCCAGUCUGGGCCUGUUCCUCAGUAGCACCUUCCCCAGCAUGCUGGCCUACACUGAGGACAUCCUGCAGUACAAAGGCUGUGCGACCACAGUGCUGGUGACAGGGGCAGGAAUCGGCGAGAUGGUCCUCCAGAUGCUGGUUGGCUCGGUAUUCCAGGCUCGGGGUAGCUACAGUUUCCUGGUCUGUGGCGUGAUCUUUGGUUGCUUGGCUUUUACCUUCUACGUCUUGCUCCUGUUUUUCCACAGGAUGCACCCUGGACUCUCAUCAGUUCCUCCCCAGGACAAACCACUUGGAAUGGAAAGCUCGGAGUGCUACCAGAGGUAAAACUGGGUGGAGGAGGCAAGCAAACACCUCCAGCCUCUUGAGCGCUAGAAAGACCAAAGUUUUGAGAAAGCUGGGUGUAGCCAUGGAAGCAAUCUCUCGAUGCCUUGGUUCAGAUCUUCUCCAAAAUACUUGGCUGGGUAGAAGAAAACCUGAGUUCUGGUACCUGGGUCCUCCCAGGCAAAUCAACAGAAGUUCACCUGGAUAUUCAAGUUACCUUCGUCUUUGCUGGUUCAGACUUUUUAAGAGCUGCCCAGGAUACCCAGACGGGAAGAAGACAGCCUGCACUUCACCCCAUCAUCUGCCUCCUGCAUGGGCCACAGCCUGGGUUUGAAGAUCGCUUAGUUGAAGUUUGACAAAAUAGGUUGAAAUUGUAAAACUUGAUCAUCGCUAUAUGCAAUGUUUAAAUUAAUCAAACCCCAAAUUCUUCCCUGGCAUGCUCAAAGGAUUUAUGUGCUUUGUACGUAUUCAUAGUCCAAAGUCCCUCAAAUUCCUGCUGCUAUCAGUGGCUCAUCUACAAUGUGAAAUGUCUAAAGGAAAUGUUGAGCCUUGCUAUCUUUGGGACACUAGUUCAGUGGUAUGCUGGGCUAGCUCAUACUAGCUUAUAAAAGCCAAUUAUGAAAUUUUCAUUUUGAGAGCUCACUGUUAAAGGCAGCCAUUACUAAAAAUUAUAGCAAUUUACAAUUACAUUAAAACAAAGGUAAGAGCUACUCAAAACUCAUCACUUUCAACUUUUUUAUAUUUAUGUUCUUGAGGUUAUGGGUGUCUAUUCUAUCUGUAUGGUGGAAAUACUAUAUAAAGAUAUGCCUCGGUGCAUCUCUUUCCAAAUGCACUUUCAGUGACAACGUGUUGGUGGCUUGAGAUCAGCCAUUAUGGGAGUAUUUACACCACAGAAAUUGGCAAAAGCCUCAGAUCAUGGCUUUCUUUUUUCCUCUGGAAAGCCAGUUGUUAAACAUUUACCAGCAUACCACUAAUAGAUGCUAAUUGGUCCAGAAGUUGCCUGGGAGAAUGGAUGUCCCAUUUUUCUUUACUGACAUUGACUAGCUUAUAAAAGGUGUGGCAACAGCACUAAGAACUUCUCAAAAAUAUGUCAUUGAAACCUUACAUCUUCUAUAGAGAAAAAAAAACUCUACAGCAUGUCAAAUUCCUUAACAAAAAGCCAGACUCCUGAACAAUUCAGGCUGGGCAGUAUACUGAACGCUGUGCUGACAGUAUCAAUACACAGUACGCAGUAACAGUGCCUGUCCAGAGCGAAUCCUGCAGAACACAAAGGCAGAGUGCAACCUCAGUGACUCGGAAAGGGUAAAGAGUACGGGCUUCUGCAAGGAGUGAAAUGGCUGUUACCGCGACUCUGUGCAUAUGUGUUUCCCCACCCUUCCUCUGUGUAGCUACGAAUGCACAUGUAUAAAAAGUAAGCGGACCAUGGUUCCCAGUAACCUGUCCUAGUGGUGUGGUUCACGUGCCUGGCACGGAAAGGUUCACCCUAGAACUGCAAGGAUCAUCACAGAAGCCAGCUCCACCUGCCAGCCACAUGGUGUGGUGAUGAGAAUCUGGCUGGAGCGAGACCCGGUUUAGGCCCUGGCCUCACCGUCUAGCUGUGGGGCCCUGGGCAGACCACUGAGGCUCCGCCAGCCUUGCUUUAUCUUUUAAGAGCCGUUUCUAGAAGAACCUUACCCUACCUCAAAGGAAUUAUGAAAGAAUUAAGUGCGUUAUUAUAUGCCUGACAUAGAAGUUGCUUAAUAAAUGUUGGCAGUUUCUAUUUUUAAAACCAAAUUAGCAGCUUAGAAAUUGUUCAUAUGUGUUUGGUACAUAUUUAUUGUAAGUCAAACAGAUCAAAAUUCUUUUGAAAGCUGGUGGUCUAGGGGUAUAAUUUUAACUAUAUCUGUAAAUACCUAAAAGUAUCAGAUGGCAGCCAGACUUAAAUGCACAAUCUAACAGUAGUGAGUGACUGAUCUGGGCAAAGAGAAAGCAGCUGUAUCUUUCUUGUGGUUUUUCCAAAAAACACCUUUUUUAUACAGACUUAGAAGAACCAAUGGCUGUAUCUAGGUGAUCAUGAUUCACUUGUGAAUAUAGAAAACAAAGUUGAAACAAAUCUAAGAGUACCUUUCCUAAA